GCCUAUUCCUAAAAGCCAGUUUAUUUGUUUUCUUUUUUUGGUUGGGUUUGUGCAUUUUGUUCGAUUUUUUAUUGCUUGUAUAAAGAUUACUUACCCUUUAACAACUUUCCUCGUCGGCAAGUUGCAGAAAUUCAUUUUACAUUGAAAAUGGCGGCGUCAGUAGAACAACUUUAUUUGCAUCCUUUAACUCUGGAGUCCCAACUAUUCCUCAACUCCUUGGAAGCGUACGGCAAAAUUUAUAACCAAAUUGAUCCUAAUCUGUAUGAUUCGUUAACAAAUGUGGUGAUUGGAAUAGAAAAAUUCUUAGAUCAAAAACCUGCCUUAAUAGCGGCAACGGAUAAAACUAAGUUUGUGCAACCCAAAGAGUUGGCCGCAAUACAAAACUUUUACCAUUGCACCUUGUGCAAGAAGGAUCUGGGCAAGACGGUUGACAAGGCCGCGAUUCAUUUGGCAGAGGGUCACCGAGUUAAGACUGCUAAGGAAGUAAAAAAAGAAAAGAAGCAAGCUGAAAAAAUUCGAAGCGAAAGCAAGCUAAUCAAAUUGCCAAAAAAAGCGAAAGCGAUUGUUAUGAGCGAUUUCGCAAAAUUUUUCGCCGAUCAAUUGCAAGUGGCAGAAAAAUUAAAACAAGUGCCGGAAUAUGACAUUAUAGAGAAUUCGCUGUCGGAUAUGCUUAAGAAAGUGUUUCCCGAUAAAAGCAUCAAAAUGUAUAAAUUCGGAUCGCGAAUAACUGGUAUUGGCACACGAAAUUCGGAUCUUGAUAUAUACGUUGAUAUCGGUGGCCGUUUCAAUGAAUUCGAGCAUGGUGCCUCAGCAGAGACGCUGAAAAUCUUCGACCGAGUUCAUGACAUUUUUAAAAAGAAUGCUAUAGAUUGGUGCAUGAAUCGUGCUAUUAGAGGUGCACGUGUACCCAUACUAAGGAUGACUAACACUAGGACUAAUAUAGAAUGUGAUGUGGGCUUUUCCAACAGCAUAAGUUAUUGCAAUACGCAAAUGCUUGAAUAUAUUUACCAACAACAGCCUAUAGCUCGACGAUUGUGCAUAUUCAUGAAAAAAUGGCUAGAGCGCACAAGAUUAAAUAGGCAUAUAACUACUUACUGUAUGUCGUUGAUGGUAAUUUACUAUUUACAGAUCAACAAUUUUUUGCCCUCAAUUGAGACUCUGCAAAAGAAUAUGUUGGCCAAUGUUUUAGUUGGACCAUGGAUUGGCAACUUUAUUGAGAUUCCCUUAACUGAAUUGAACAUGCAAGUAUUAAGCGUCAGCCCACCGAGUUGCAAGCAGCACAUUAAAGAAUUUUGUAUAUAUUAUGCCAAUUUCAAUUAUGAAUCGCAUGUAGUAUGUCCCUAUUUUGGACGUACACAUAUAAAAAUUAAAAAUUUUGAAAGCCUAAUGCCAGAACGAUAUACCAAUUUUGUAAAGAGCGAGGAUUCUGCCAAAGAUUCUGGCAUACAACUAAAUACAGCUAUGGUCGUACAGGAUCCACUAGAAAUGAAUCAUAACGUAGCAGAGCGCGCGACCAAAGUAGAUCUUAAGGAGUGGCAAGAUUUUUUAAAGCAGUCAGCUAUGCUCUUAUAGGCGACACACACCGUCCGUCUGACUCGUGAGUCGGUGUGGAUGUGUUUGUGACUCUGAAUGAUUCAACUGUGUGUAGUCGAAGGCGAGUCAACACGUACACAAAUGACUUGCGAGUCAGACGCACUGUCUAUGUAGCCUAUUAGUCCAUAUGAAAUAAAAUCAUUUUCUUUUUUUUCUGGGUUUAAUUACAUGAAUG